GGCUUGACGACGUAAAGUUGUCGAUGCGCUAAGAGACAUCACAUCGCAACUACUAGGAGGGGGUAUGUAAUAAUGUCUCGUCAAGCAAUCAGCGCUCAGCACCACGUUCUACGGGCUCUCGCCCAAUGGCCCAAAGACACUUUGCGACCUCAGAUCCAGUUUCAAGAUGUACUGCGCAAGCGAUUUGAAGCUUCUUCUGGUCUAUCCGAGCAAGACCAGCUGAAACAAGCCAAAGCGCUAUACUCACUUCUGAAUAACCGGUAUAAGAAAACGUACCCCAUUACAGGCUCUCUAUUACGCCCUAGAAGUAAGCCGACGUAUUUUACAGAUUUGGUAAAGGAGCUUGAGGAGGCACCGACCCGAUCCUACUUGGACAGGUUAUGGUUGCGGGUGAAGGGCAUUGUCCGAAUACAAUAACACGUAUUAUAUAGAUUAUAGAAGAGUUAGCAAAUCAAUUCUACUCAGGGUCACGGAUAUUGCACAA